GAAAAAACUUCAAUCCAUGAAUUCUCCACCUUUCAUAGUGACAAGGAUUGUUGUUCAUGAAGAGUUUAGAUGUUCACAGAGAAAGAAGGAAGUAUACUAAGUACCUCAAGACGCGAAAGAUGCCCUCUGUCGCAGCCAAGAGGAAGCGCAUGAAUCGUUCCCGGAAACGGAGAUGCGACAACGAGGAGAAGGCGAUCCCUCGUGAACCCCGUGAUGCCUCCCCUGUCAUCGAAAAGAAGAAGUCUGAUGCCAAAAAGGCACAGAGCAACUCCAAUAACCAAGGCCGCAUCUCAUGGGCUGACGAUGAGAAUUUAUCUUCUAGUCCUGCCACGAGCAAUGUGACUAUGAAGAGUGGAAGUGACGAUCGAGGUAAUUUCCGAUAUCGUGUAAUACGCUCUCCACGAAUACGAGAAUUUACCCCUUCUACAUCUUUUCCCUUAAAUCGUUACUGCACUAUUAUCUUUACUAACGGAAAUCGGGUAAGGUUUCAAACGAAAGUAACAAGUGAGUCUGGGGUUCCUACUCCUUGUGAUACCAUGAUGAAACCUGAAGGUGAUGAUGUUUCCUUGCCAUCUAGUUGGAUUUCAAUAUCUCCAAGUCUUCCUUCCAGGGUGUAUAAGUUCCUGAUGAGAUCGCCUACCUUUAAGAAAGUAUGUCGUAAACUAUACUUCACCCCACCUGACCAUAUACACACAGGUGACGAGGAAAUCAUCAUCGAAGAGAGCCAAGGCUCCAAAGGUUCUACGAAGGAUAGGAACGACUCCAAGGAGUCACGAGGACGUCAUCUUGAACUUCGCGAAACAAGUGGACGACCGAGUUCCAAACGAAGCAGUGCUUCAAAGGAAAGUGAUGACGAUUCAGCGAGUGGUAGUGCUGGUGCUGACUAUAAUAGCGC